GGGGGCGCUGCUUUCACACUCUUCAGGCUCCAGACACAGAGCAGCAGAUGCCCAUCAUUAGCAGCAAUCCAGCCCCACUCAGAGCGCUCCGUCUCUUACUCCCCGAGCUGAGAACAAAUGCAUUUGUACCAGAUUGAUGUACCCCACUACAGAAAAAAGCGAUCGCGGAUUCAUAUGUUUGAAGAUACAUAGCGUAAUUUGCGAGAAACUACCAAAUAAGGUAUUUAAAAAUAAAAUAAAAUCGGUGGGAAAGUCGACACAGUAUAGUCAGUCAUUGCAGCAGGCCUAUGGAUGAAUGUUGAAUGAAUUCAUACAUUAAUGGCUGAAUUACUUCUGUUUUGUGUUUGGACGGGUUUUCCUUGAGAAUUACGGACUUUGCCAAGAGGUCUCGACGUUAUUGUCACAUCAUUUGUUGCGUGAUGUUGUUGGUGCAUUCUAUCAGACGAUGAAUACUUAUUUCUAGACUCGGGGGUCGGGAUCCUGGCAUUUCCGUGCUGCUAUGGAAACGCAGUUAGUGCGCUCUUGGUUGAAACUGGGUGACGUCAGCUCAGUGACGGAGAAGCGGGCAUUGAGUGCUAGGAGAGAGUUCGUGCAUGAUAUUCCAUCGAGGAGAGAGCUACAGUAGUAGUUCGGUGACUGCGGAGACAGCGAUUUUGGCAACAUGGGUGACGUUGUGGGAAUUAUUAUUACUAACGGAUUUUAAUUGGGAACUACCGGGAAAAUGGCAGAGAGGUUGGAGUGGGUGGAGAUCAUAGAGCCGCGCACGCGGGAGCGCAUGUAUGCCAACCUCCUCACCGGAGAGUGUGUGUGGGACCCCCCUCAGGGGGUGCGUAUUAAGAGGACAGGGGACAACCAGUGGUGGGAGCUGUUUGACCCCAACACCUCCCGCUUCUACUACUACAACGCUUCCACACAACGCACCGUCUGGCACCGACCUCAGGCCUGUGACAUCAUCCCCCUCGCCAAGCUACAGACGCUGAAGCAGCAUACGGAUGUUCCCUGCCCGGGAGGGGGAGGGACAGGGGGAGAAAGAGGGGGGCGGACGUCAGCUGAUAACAGCCCGGGAAGGAGCAGUGCGGUCAGUAGAGAGGGGAGCACAUCAUCUUCACUGGACCAGGAACUGACCGCAUCAGAGAAACAGGGGAACAGAGAGGAGGCAGACAGAACCUCUCCAUUCAGAUGGAACACAGGUACCAAGGAGAGGAUGCUGAUCAAGGUGACAGACAGAGAACCCAGCUUCCUCUCUCACCAGGGGAACGGUUACUCCCCCUGCGACCCCCCUACCCUCACCCCCGCACCUGGCACCGGCACCGCCUCCCGUACCCGCCGUUCCUCUGGAGGCUCCGCCCCCCCUGACACCGGCCCCGACGGCUCUCCAAUCCUCUACGUCGACCGCCGCCAGUCGCCCUUCCUGAAACGGGCGGAGCUAGGGGGCGGAGGUACCGGGACACACCGUCGCCCCUCGGCCGACUCACAGCCCCCCUCCCCCCGCUACACCUACGAACCCCCCCUCUACGAGGAGCCCCCCUCGGAGUACCAGCCCCCGCCCAUCUACGAAGAACCGCCCACGGACGUGAUGCACCACCUGGGCUCUGACUCCUCCUUGCUGUAUGGCACAGGGAAGUCCCCGGCCCGGGGAAAGCCCUCCUCGGCGACGCCCCUCUAUCACUCUCCCAAACAGAGCCACUCCCCCUACGGCCAGCUGGUGCUGACCAGACAGAAGUGUCCAGAGAAGACCCAGAGUCUGGAGUACAGCCCUGCAGGGAAGGAGUAUGUCAAACAGCUGGUCUACGUGGAACAGUCCUCCUCCAGCCCACGUUGUAAGACAGCCGACCGGCUCCUUCACUACGGGACCUCCACGGCCACCCCAUCCUCCAUGGGGGGGUAUGGGGGCUCCUACGGAGGCUCCUACACCCUCCAACACAGUCAGAGUCUGAUACGGGACCCCCGGCUGCUGCUGGACUACGGGAGCGAGGAGGGGGGCGAGGGCGGAGGCCAGAGGUUGCUCUACGAGGACUCUAUGUCCUGGAGCUCCAGUCAGCACCACUCCCUCUCCCUCUCUGGGUCUACAGGAGGAGGGGGCUUCUCGCCCGGGGGGAACCGCAAACGCAAGACCCGGAAACCCUCCCUGCCCCAGGAGCUGGGGAGGUGUGGAGGGGGGGGUGGUGUUGGGGCAGACUGGGAGGAGGGGCCGAUGUCGGGGACCCUGUCGGAAGCGGUGAUGAACCAGGCCAGGCUGGCGUGGGAGGCCCAGCAGGUGAUGAAACAGAGGAGCAGUUGGGAAUCAGCCCCGGGGGAAGGGGGCUCGGCCAGGGGCUCUAACCAGGGAGGAGGGUCUAAAGACGGGUACGAGAGCGAUGGGGCGGUGCCCCUGCCCCUGCCAGGCCCAGUGGUGAGGGCAUUUAGCGAGGACGAGGCGUUAACACAGAGCGACGGGCACCACGGGCAUUACCACUGGAAACGCAGCACCUUCGACAGACUGGGCUUCCCUCAGGCACUGCUGGAGAAGAGCCUGUCUGUACAGACCAACCUGGCCUCGCCUGAACCCUUCCUACACCCCUCACAGUCGGAGGAUCUUGGAGCGUGUGCUCAGUUCGAGGCGAGUCGGAAUGCUCGGAACAUGAUGCCCAGCGCCAGCUGUGGAGUGUUCCCAGAAUUCACCUUGAGGAAGCCGUCCUCCGAGACCGACAUCGAGAACUGGGCCUCCAAACACUUUAACAAACACACACAGGGUCUGUUCCGGCGUAAGGUGUCCAUAGCCAACAUGCUGGCGUGGAGCAGUGAGCCAAUCAAAAAGCCCAUGAUCGUGACGUCAGACCGUGCGGUGAAGAGAGAGGCGGUGGAGAUCUUUAAACUCAUCCAGACCUACAUGGGAGACCGCCGGGCCAAGACUGACCCGCUCACUGUCGCCCUGGAGACUGGCCCCCUGAACAUCGCCCUAGAGGUGGCAGUGCGUGGUUGGAGCAGCCAGGGUCUUCGUGAUGAACUCUACAUUCAACUGUGUCGUCAGACUACAGAGAACUUCCGUUAUGAUAGUCUGGAGAGGGGCUGGGAGCUCAUGGCUGUGUGUCUGGCCUUCUUCCCUCCUACACCUCGCUUCCACUCCUACCUGGAGGGAUACAUCUACAGACACAUGGACCCCGUCAACGAUACUAAAGGAGUGGCGAUCAGCGGCUAUGCCAAAUACUGUUACCGUAAACUGCAGAAGGCUGCUCUGACCGGAGCUAAGAAGGGGUUGCAGAAGCCGUGUCUGGAGGAGAUCAAACACGCCAGGAACGCCAUCUUCAGCCCCUCCAUGUUUGGCUCUUCCCUGGAGGAAGUGAUGUCACUGCAGAAGGAGCGUUACCCCGACAGCCAGCUGCCCUGGGUCCAGACACGCCUCUCUGAGGAGGUCCUGGGUCUUAAUGGAGACCAAAUAGAGGGCAUCUUCAGGGUUCCAGGUGACAUAGAUGAGGUCAACGCUCUCAAGCUGCAAGUGGACCAAUGGAAGAUCCCCACAGACCUGGAGGACCCACACAUCCCAGCCUCUCUGUUGAAGUUGUGGUACAGGGAGUUGGAGGAGCCGUUGAUUCCUCAUGAGUUCUAUGAGGAGUGUAUCACUCACUAUGAUGACCCUGAGGCUGCAGUCAACGUAGUGAUGGGCCUUCCUCACAUCAACAAACUGGUGCUCUGCUACCUCAUACGCUUUCUACAGGUGUUUGGCCAGCCAACCAACGUGGUGAUCACUAAGAUGGAUGUGAACAACCUGGCUAUGGUGAUGGCCCCUAACUGCCUGCGUUGCCAGUCAGACGACCCACGCAUCAUCUUUGAGAACACACGCAAAGAGAUGUCCUUCAUCCGCGUGCUCAUCCAGCGCCUCGACACUAGCUUCAUGGACAGACUGCUAUAGCCCCCCAAACCCUGCUCCAUCACCCCAGGCCAACGACACAGGACCCCCACCUCCCUGCUAUAGCCCCCCAAACCCUGCUCCAUCACCCCAACCAACGACACAGGACCCCCACCUCCCUGCUAUAGCCCCCCCAAACCCUGCUCCAUCACCCCAGGCCAACGACACAGGACCCCCACCUCCCUGCUAUAGCCCCCAAAAACCCUGCUCCAUCACCCCAGGCCAACGACACAGGACCCCCCCCCUGCUAUAGCCCCUCCAAACCCUGCUCCUACCCCAGGCCAACGACACAGGACCCCCACCUCCCUGCUGGUAGCCUAGUGGUUAGAGCGUUGGGCUAGUAACCGAAAGGUUGCAAGUUCGAAUCCCCAAGCUGACAAGGUACAAAUCUGUCGUUCUGCCACUGAACAAGGCAGUUAACCCACUGUUCCUAGGCCGUCAUUGAAAAUAAGAAAUUGUUCUUACCUGACUUGCCUAGUUAAAUAAAGGUAAAAUAAAAUAAAAUAGCCCCCCAAACCCUGCUCCUGUGCCCCAGGGCAAUGACACGGGACCCCCACCUCCCUGCUAUAGCCCCCCAAACCCUGCUCCUGUACCCCAGAUCAACAUCAUCGGACCCCACCCCCCUUCCCUGCUAUAGCCCACUUUUAACUUCUCAACCAGAAACAACCACACAGGACACUCCCCAACUUCGACUGUACCCCUAAAUCUCCCAAGUCCCAACCUGCCCCCCAGACCCUGGUCUAGCCCCCCAACAAUAACUGUACCCCCAACCAACUAGUUGGGACACCCCCCAACUACUGCCCACUAAACCCAGCUAUAACCUCCCAACUCCAACUACUGCCCGCUAAACCCAGCUAUAACCUCCCAACUUCAACUACUGCCCACUAAACCCAGCUAUAACCUCCCAACUUCAACUACUGCCCACUAAACCCAGCUAUAACCUCCCAACUUCAACUACUGCCCACUAAACCCAGCUAUAACCUCCCAACUUCAACUACUGCCCACUAAACCCAGCUAUAACCUCCCAACUUCAACUACUGCCCACUAAACCCAGCUAUAACCUCCCAACUUCAACUACUGCCCACUAAACCCAGCUAUAACCUCCCAACUUCAACUACUGCCUGCUAAACCCAGCUAUAACCUCCCAACUUCAACUACUGCCCACUAAACCCAGCUAUAACCUCCCAACUUCAACUACUGCCCACUAAACCCAGCUAUAACCUCCCAACUCCAACUACUGCCCACUAAACCCAGCUAUAACCUCCCAACUUCAACUACUGCCCACUAAACCCAGCUAUAACCUCCCAACUUCAACUACUGCCCACUAAACCCAGCUAUAACCCCCCAACUCCAACUACUGCCCACUAAACCCAGCUAUAACCUCCCAACUCCAACUACUGCCCACUAAACCCAGCUAUAACCUCCCAACUUCAACUACUGCCCGCUAAACCCAGCUAUAACCUCCCAACUUCAACUACUGCCCGCUAAACCCAGCUAUAACCUCCCAACUUCAACUACUGCCUGCUAAACCCAGCUAUAACCUCCCAACUUCAACUACUGCCCACUAAACCCAGCUAUAACCUCCCAACUUCAACUACUGCCCACUAAACCCAGCUAUAACCUCCCAACUUCAACUACUGCCCACUAAACCCAGCUAUAACCCCCCAACUCCAACUACUGCCCACUAAACCCAGCUAUAACCUCCCAACUCCAACUACUGCCCACUAAACCCAGCUAUAACCUCCCAACUUCAACUACUGCCCGCUAAACCCAGCUAUAACCUCCCAACUUCAACUACUGCCCGCUAAACCCAGCUAUAACCUCCCAACUUCAACUACUGCCUGCUAAACCCAGCUAUAACCUCCCAACUUCAACUACUGCCCACUAAACCCAGCUAUAACCUCCCAACUUCAACUACUGCCCACUAAACCCAGCUAUAACCUCCCAACUUCAACUACUGCCCACUAAACCCAGCUAUAACCCCCCAACUCCAACUACUGCCCACUAAACCCAGCUAUAACCUCCCAACUUCAACUACUGCCCGCUAAACCCAGCUAUAACCUCCCAACUUCAACUACUGCCCGCUAAACCCAGCUAUAACCCCCCAACUCCAACUACUGCCCACUAAACCCAGCUAUAACCUCCCAACUUCAACUACUGCCUGCUAAACCCAGCUAUAACCUCCCAACUUCAACUACUGCCCACUAAACCCAGCUAUAACCUCCCAACUUCAACUACUGUCCCCCAAACCAGGAUGACCCAUAUCUCCCAGACGGAGUCUCAUCCCAGUCUGAGCCUGACCCCUCAACCGCCACUCUACACACAGGGACUUGCAUCUCACACACAUUGAUGUACAGGGUUACACACACACUCACUCACAUAGACAUAGACAUACUCUCACAUGUACAUUUACUGACACACACACACAUACUCUCACUUCUACAGUACACAUCCAUAUACACAAGGGCAAUGCUUAGAGUGACAAAUGGCUGACCAACACAGUACAAGAUCAAUGGGAUCAACCUAUAUCAUUAUUGAGAUAUACUCAGUCUACAUUGUCAUAAAUACACACAAUGUCGAACGCACACACACACACACAGCUGUUUGACUCCCUACCCACCCAAACGGCUAUCACUGUCCGACAUGUUUUGGUGCUGUCCACUCCCCAGUCCCCGCCUCUCUCCCAAUGCAAACCAAUCACGUCUGCUUCCCCCUUCCUGAUUCCCUGUGAGUUCUCAAAUGAGGGCGUCAGUCCACCUAUCAGCUCCAAGCCUAGAGCUACAGUCAAACUGCCAUGAAGCCCCGUUUAUCUGUCUGCACUGUUGUCACCAACCAACUGAUGUCGAUAAAGUUAUUUAUUUUGUUAUUUUGGACGGCGGGGGCUAAUCCAGGGCAGGUUUUAGAGGGGAUCACCGCAGCACUGCCAAUCAACCUUGUCUGUCGCAACAGGAAGGGAUGUCAGACACCGUGCCACAGGACUUCCUGUGAGACUUUAGAAAUACUGAUUUACCCCCUGCACCCCCUACCACUCAUCCCCUUGGCCAUAGCCACUUCUGCCCCCUUCACCCCUCUGACCCCCCAGACAACCACACAACCUCACCCUCCCCUCACCCCUCUUCACCCCUCCUCACUCAUCCCUCUUCACCCCUCUUCAACCCUCUUCACCCCACUUCAACCAUCUUCAACCCUCUUCACCCCUCUUCAUCCCGCUUCACCCCUCUUCAACGCUUCAACACUUCAUUCCUUCACCCCUCUUCAACGCUUCAACACUUCAUUCCUCCUCACCCCUCUUCAACCCUCUUCACCCCACUUCAACUCUCUUCACCCCCUUCAUCCCUCUUCACCCCUCUUCAACCCUCUCCCCCCACUUCAACU